AUGUCUGCCGUAGAGGCUUAUGUCGACCAGACUGUCCAGGUGAUUCUGUACGACGGUCGCGUGAUUGUCGGCAAGCUGCGCGGGUUUGACGUUCGAACCAAUCUCAUCCUAUCGGACUGCAUGGAACGGGAAUUCUCGCAAGACCAGGGGGUCGAGAUGGUGCCACUGGGGUUGUACAUGAUCAAGGGGGAUAAUGUAGCGCUGAUAGGCGAGGUCGACGACGAGAAGGACGCGGGGCUCGACUGGUCCGAAGUUCGGGCGGAGCCAAUAGGGGAGAUUACAAUCUAA